AUGAGUUACAGUAGACAUAAUCAACCAACGAAAUAUGAUCAAGAAGCAUCAACUAAUAUUGAUAUGGAUCUAAAGAUUUCAAGAACAUCAAAAUAUGAAAAGAAUCAACUAGAAGUCAAACAAUAUUUAUACGAUAUAAUAACACCUACAUAUCCUGAUCUCUUUACUAAGAAGUUCAGUAUAGAUAAUGUCAAUGGAUUAUCUACAAUUGAUUUAAUGGAAAUGUUAAAAGAUGGUGAAGUCUUAUGUAAAUUAGGUUCAUUAAUUCCCAUCCCCAAUAAUCCAACAUCAAAAUUUAAGAAUUCUCGAAUGGCAUUUAUACAAAUGGAAAAUAUUUCAUUCUUUUUAAAAUUAUGUGAAUUAGUUGGAGUAUCACAUGAUGAAAUAUUCCAAACGGUUGAUCUUUAUGAACUGAAAGAUCCUUAUCAAGUUAUAAUUACAUUAAUGUCAUUAUCGAGAAUUGUUAAUUCAAUUGAUUCAAAUGUGUUCAAAUAUGUUAUUGGACCAAAACCUCCUAAAGUUAAACCUAAUGUUCCUACAAAACCACUUAGUUUAAAGACGCAAUAA